UAUAAAAGAGAAAAAAACAGAUCUACAAAGCAAAGAACGAACAGAUGUACAAAGCAUUAUUGACGUACUAUAUGACGCAUGGUUUGAGUUAAAUAUUAACAGCAUCAAAGCUGCGUAAAACCUGCGCAAAUAGCAGAAAUUUCUUGCCAGCAGAGUAUUAAUGAAAUUCAGGUCAGGUUUAAAUUACAGUCUGGUCGUUAAAUUCAUCUGUGGCUGCCAAGAAAUACAAGAAAAUAAAUUAAUCUUUACAUUGAAUUUAUUUACACUUUUACAUAUGAAAAUAAUGUUAUUUUAAUGCCUUUAGAACCAGGGAAAGAAAACAUUCCAAGAGACGAAAACAAACAAAAAUUGUUUUAGAAUGUAACCGAAAAUGGAAACAAAUUCCCUUUCAAUUGUUCCGGAAGUGAACAUUUUAUUUUUAAAUGUGGUUAACUGGUUAAUAACUGGUUAAUUCCAUGAAACCAAAGUCUAAAUUGUUUAUCACAGUAAAUUUUCUGAAUUACACCCACUUCCAGUAACCCAAAAAAUGAGGCUUCUCUCUUGAACAUGAUAAGCAUGCUUUGAUUCUGAAGGAAACUUCUGCAGUUGAGUUCAUGCAUGCAGGAGAGAGAGAAUUUGGUUAUUAAUUGAUUUUAGAUGGCCAGAUGUAUUUUUGAAACACUUUAAAUAUUUUUGGGUAUACAUUUAAUAUGAAGAGUACAUUUAUUGAAAAUGUUAUUUUAUAUAGACUAUUGUAAACCUUGCUUGUUAUGAUUGCUAACCUUAUAAUUCCACCACAUGAAAAAAAACACACACAAAAAAAAUGGCUUACUUUCACUUAUUUCCCUUAUUUUGAGCUCGUUUUCCAGACCAGGUCCUUUUUUAUUUUUAUUUUUACUGCAACUGGUAUAUCUCAUACAACCUUAGCACAUAGUAUGUUAUUAAACGUUAUUAACCUAACUUUAAUUUCAUUCUAACCGAUUACCAUUUGGAAAUGUAGCAGCGGAAUGCCGGAACCGGAACGAAAAAUAUAUAGUUUCUGCUCAGAAUGAAGCAAAAGGUUUGCGCGCUCUCUCUCUCGCUCUCUCUCUCUCUCUUUUAGGACAAAAACAUUCGACUGGACAUGCCAGUAGCACGGCGACAACAUUAGUGAGAAAUAGAGCCGAUAGUUAAAUAUAUUAAUAUAGCCACUUAGUCUCAAUUAUGGGCUUUUGUUCACUUUUGCUCCAUAUAAACCGCGGCAGCCUCUUGAACGCACGAGGUCUGCCUGACAUCGUGCUGUCCUGAACGGCUUCAGCCUAAGCUAUCCAGAGAUCGACAUACAUCCAUAUAUCUAAGCUUCGGUUUAAAAAUUCUUCUUCUUUUUCUGUACGUUUUGCUGGUAUUUUUGCUGUCUCAUUUUGACCACAAGUAUGGCUCAAAAGAGUGGUUGCUCGAGGAAGCUGCGCUCGAGCGUCGGCCUGAGGAGCGGCUCUUGCUCCAGCAGCGAGAAGCAUGAGCAGCUCCGCGCGGUGAAAGCAAUGUUGAUGGAGCAGUUAGGACCGCACGAGCGCCUGCUCACCCAUCUGCAGUCUGUGCUGGUGUGGGAGAGACCCUUCCAUAGUGUCCUGCUCUACACGGCCGUCAACGUCAUUUUCUGGUUCUUUGCUCUGAGCUCUUUGAGAUUUCUCUUUCUGCUGGCGUCAGGUCUGGCCCUCGCUGUUUGUGUCGACACUUGGAGGAAUAAAAUCUGGCCCAAGAUCAAAGUUAAAAGACAAGAUGAAAGUGAGAAUGACAGCUGGGGUCUGGUGCAGCCUGGGACUUUGAGCAUUCCUGAAUUAUGCCACCACAUGGCUGAAGUGUGGAUCACUGGAUCUUCCUGUGCUGCAGACAUUGUGCAAUUUAAACGGCAAAAUCCAGGGAAGUUUUGUAUGCUGGUUUGUGGCCUGUUUACCUUACUGGCCAUGGUGGGGUGCUACAUACCUGGAUUGGUACUCUCAUACGUGGCUUUGUUGGGUGUGUUGCUGUUCCCAUUGGCAUUGUAUUAUCGGCUGUGGCAGCGUGCAUGUUUGAAGCUGGAGCCGGCCCUGCAGUGGCUGGACUUCAGCGUCAAAGGAUACAUGAUGUCAAAGCCUAUAGAUAACCAGUUUCUCCGUAAACCCAUCAGAAAUGUGACCUUGGAUGAAGCCAGUGACAGUGAGGAAGAGCUGGCUGCUUUCUGCCCAACGUUUGAUGAAGCAGUGGUUGCUAAGGAACUGGCACUUACUGACUCUGAACAUUCAGAUGCAGAGGUAUCAUACAUGGAUAAUGGUACCUUUAACCUCUCCAGGGGUCAAACCCCCCUCACAGAGGGCUCAGAAGAUCUAGAUAGGCAUAGUGACCCAGAGGAAUCAUUUGCCUGUGGGCUUCCAGACUUCCCCUCCAUCAACCCAGAUGCCACCCUGAUGGAGGACGAUGAUGAUGCCAGCAUCGGGAUUCCCACUCUGAACUCAGCCGCCCUUUCUGGCCCUCGUGGUUCUACCUCUGCCUUGCUGGACCUGGAGACCCAGAUGGACUCCGAUCAGGAAGACCUCGACCUUGAGCUGUCCCUAGGCUCCUUAAAUACUACCUCUGACCUCACUAGUAACCUGGCAGGGCUCAUAGCCAGCAACAUGAUCCAGGCUGCAAUAACAGGAGCCAUGCAGCCUCGCCCACCCCAGGGUCCUCGGAGAGAGAGCGGCCCACGGGCAGGAGCUCCGAGGGGAUACAGGAAGCAGUCAAGCUCGGAGCUGGACACAGACCAGGACAUUGAUGGAGAGGAAUUUGAGAUGUUGGAUCAGUCAGAGCUGAAUCAGUUGGAUCUGUUUGGAGGGGUGGGUGGGAGAGGAGGGAGUCAGGUUGGCCAGAACAGGUCCCAGGGAUCCAAUUUCCUGUCCAACUUACUGGGGAAGCCACAGUGAGCCCUGUGUUUGUUUGUGUGUGUGUGCAAUACAUACCAACUUUACAGAUCCUCCCUCUGUCUGUCUACUUCCUGUAUAUCUACUUGUCCCUCGCACCUUGAUCUGUGUAGAAGUUUGCAGUGUUUGAUUGAAUGUCUACUGAAAUGCUCUAGUUUUGACCUUUGCUUGAGUGAGUGAACGAGUAAGGCAGAGUGAAUGAUUGUAUUUAUUUUGCACUGUUAAUGUAACAUUAAGUCGAAAUUAUGCUUUGAUUUUUCAUAUGCCGCUUCGCCUCUUGGCUAGAAAAUUUGAUAUGUGUAAGAUGUAAUGGCAGGUGAAAAAACUAAGCACAUCUUUGGCUUUAUGUUCCACUUGCCAGGAUUUCUCCACUGGCUGCAGUUGAUAUCACUGUGAAGUAAUCUUGUCAUUAGUCUCUUUUUGUGCUCGGUGAUCUUCAGUGUCCUCUCUCAUUUAGUGUGUGAUUUAUGGGUGUGAGUGAGACUUGAAUGUGAAAGACUCCAAUUUAUUUUGUAGGCUAAGCAAUAGGACAACAGAUACAGACACAUUACAAUGAUCAGAAAUAUCUUUAACUUCUUAAAACCAGCAAAAUAAACACCUAACUUUUUAAAUGCAUCCCAAACUAAAUAAAAUGUUAUUGAUCUUUGACACCUGAAGCUUUUUGUUUCAUACAGUCAGUAUUGUUUGUGUCUUGGAUAAUUAACAUAUGAUAGGACCAAAUCAGACAUUCCACCAUCAGUGCUGGUCAAGACCAUAAAUGUAUACAAAAACUAAGUCAUCUAUAGACCUUAUUCACAGUAGCGCCAUGUUUGAAUUUUGACGCAAAUGAAAAUGAGGCUGUGAGGGAUAGACUUACCAUCUCUUCAAUGGCAUGCACAGAACAAAGCUUUAUUAAAGCUCCUAUAUCCCUUAUGAUUUUCCAUAACUCAUGUUGUGUGGUAUUUUUUUGUCUACUGAAUGUUCUUGGAAAUAUAUGUAUAUAUUUUCAAUGUUUUGUCAGUGGAACAAUCCAAAAACUAUUUAAACUGCAGUAUAGCCCAUUGAAGAGACUGUACGUCUAUCCCUCACAGCCUCGUUGUCAUUCUGGUCAAAAAUAAGAUUGUGCACAGCAAAGGAGGGCCACAGCCUGAUCUCAUGUAAUUAAGACUCAUAGAUGAGAGCUCUUGUUACAGUCACUAGUCAAAAGUGUAAUGAACAGCAUACAGGUUAUAUUGCUAUACCCAAAAAAAAAAAAAAAAAAAAAACAUUUUUCCCUUUGCUUCUUUUCCAUUUAUAUUUCCAUAUAUUUACUGCCCUGCAUUUUCUGGCUCAACAUGAUUUUAAAACAUUUACAUAGAUGAGUCAAGAACUCACCUUGUUUUACAUAUCAGACAUUUGGCUCGCAUUAACAGAAGAGGGUUUCACCCUCUACAUUUCAGAAGGUAACGACAGGUGUCUUUUUUUAACCAGGGUAACUUUACUGGCUUUCAAAUGAAUCUGUUCUUCAUUGUGUUUUUAAUGAGAAAUCAAAAUAAACAAAUACACAAACAUGUCAGUUCGUCAGUUCACCUUGCUUGACAUCCUGUGUUCGCUGUUCAUCUCGAUAAUAUGUAGCAGUAUACAUGGAUUUUGUCUGCAAUGACUCUACCUCAAACAAGCAAUUUGGCUGUAACUGCCAUCAUACACAGCCUCCUUUAACCAUUUUGAUUUUAUACAGAAUCUUUUAUACAGGCAAAAGGCAGGAAAACUGCAAAAAAUCUCAUCUGCUGUACAAAUCUGGCUCUGAGAUUUCUCAUCUGAUUGGUAAGAGAUUUAAAGCAGAACAACAUCUAGCAUUAAGUACUAAUGCACAAAGGAAUAAAUACUCUACUUUUCUUCCUUACCAAGAUUAUGAGUUUUGUGGAAUGAUGGAACUGCUAAAUUAAUGAUUUUGAUUUGCUAUUUUAUUUAGCUGUUAUAUUGCAUUUUUAGUUGAUGCUGAACCUUUUUAGUUAGACUAAAGUCCAAUUAGUUUACACUUUUUAUAUCUCUGACCCAAUGCUGACGAGAGUUGUCAUUGCUGGCUUUGUUUCUUUUUAAGUGUCUGCUGGAAAUAAGAAUGACUGCAAAAGUGCGAUAGUACACCAAAAAAAUAAAAAUAAUAAUAAUUCUGUUACCAUAAAUCAACCAAGUGAUUUCUAACCACCUUUAAAAAUACAAGGAAUGCAAGUCUUUGAUUUGGUUUUCUCUUUAUUUAGAAGACUUAAGUCUUAAUUGAAGGCUUAUUGAUCAGUAAGGAACUUUGGAGAGCAUUGUAAUUUAUAGUAAAUGGUCAUUCAGGAAGCAAAAGGAGACAGUUUAUCUCUAAUCAUCAGUGAUGCUGAGAAUUGGUGGAUUCAGUCUGCCACUUCCUGCUGUACCAGAAUAUGUGUAUUACAUUUUAAAGCCUACAGGCUUCUGUUAGUUAAGAACAGUAUAGUGCUGUUUAUUGGAGUGAUUCUUUUGCUACGAUUGUACUCUUUCCCUUUGUUUGGAAGCCCCAAGAAUUGAAUUGCUGAUGAUUUGUUUGGACUGUUGUGAUGAAAAGAAAAUCAAGCUUGAACGAGCAGUAAAUCAGCUUUUUUUAUGAGUGUCAAUGUGAUUACCAUACAAUUGAAACAUUCUCUGCUCAUUUUACCCUUUCUAUUCACCUUUUUGUGGUCAAUUUAAAGAAGCGUCACCAGCAAAUCAAAUGGGACAAUAAUGUGGUUGUUUUUAUAUAGCAAAAUAUAUAUGUGUAUAUUACACCCAGUGUCAUCUGUUGAUGUUGUACUGAUGUCAGUGAUUUAAAUAUGAAUCAGUUAGCUGUCUGCCAUUUUUAGGCUGAAAAUACAGAAUAAUUUAUUUUUUCUCUCUUUGUGUGAACAUUUUUACAAGAGUCUUUAUGUAGCUGGAUUCUGCAAUGUCAGUGAUUUUUUUUUUUAUUAUUAUUAUUAUUUUAUCUGUAGAGUAUUUCCCUCUUCCAUUCUCUGUCAUUGGUUUUGAUAACUUUUUAUGUUCAAGACAAUAAACAGAUGAAUAAUAUUCUCAAAGUACAAAGUGUGUUCUUUGUUGUGUGUUAUACUAUAGUUUUACAGUUAUGCGAUGACCUAUUGACUUAAAAGAAUGUUUAUAGUCAACAAAUGAAAAUGUAAUUGUUAUUAUUAUUAAAAUUCCUAGUAACGGCUAUUUCAGUAUUGUGUAUGCAAUUUUUAGCUAAGCAAGCAGUGGUGGACGGCGCUGCACAAUUCAAAUUCAGUACAAUACAACAGUGUAAGAAUGUGAAGCACCUACUAUGCUUCUACAGGAAAUAAUAUUUCUGCAUCAAAUCAAAGUGUGCAUUUUUCAUUUUGUCCAAAUGUUCUGAGAAUGAUGAGAUUUAAAGUUUUGCUAAUUGACCUGUUUCAUUUGACGUCACUGUAUCAAACGUUCCAUAUACAUUCAAUAUGCUGCGCUGUGGGAUGCGACAAAAGCCUUCAGGAGUUAAAAGCAGCUCCUACAUUCAUACAGGCGGGAUCAUCACUGACGUUCUAAAAUACUGUGACUAAAUCAGA